AUGCCAAUUCCUACAAUGUGGGCCAUGGCUACGAUCGCAUGGGCCUUGCUGACAUUACCGGCUGCCAAUGCAUAUGUUAUUCUCGGUUCGCCCCAACAGGUCUCAGUCGUGGCCGACAAACUACAAAACUGGACUCUCAAAGCGCAGUACACGGUCGACAGCAAGAUGUCUGCUUUUCUCGAGGAUCCUAGUGACAAAAAUUCGAAAUGGAUUUUUAACAGCUCACCGGACUUCCGUUUGUCGGGCACGACUAACUUAUUCAAUGACGUUACCGCUCCAGCGGGCGCGAAUCGGAGCGAAUACCCAGAUUGUCUUCCGUAUCGCGAAGGGAUUAAUUAUGUGGAGGUGAACAACACUAUACCAAUUCCUCCAGCCAAAGUCACCGGCGCACGUGAUAACGGCACCAACUACGACAAGACCUCGAUCUGGAUGAUGAACAUCUUCCGUCUUUCCGAAACAUCGCAACCCAAUGCCCCAAGCACGCACUUGAUUGGCUUCGCCCACAACGAGGACUAUUGGGGCGCCGAAUGGGCUAGUCCAUGCACUUACAAAUCAAUUGGUGUACGCUAUAGCACAGAUCUGGGGAUGUCAUGGACCCGCUCCGUUCCUAUUUUGACCAAACUCGUACAGGAACCUUUCGAGGACUGUACUUUCUUGCCUCAAGCAGGGACCGGCGAUUUUGCUGCGAUGUGGAACUCCUCCACAUCGACCUGGGUCAUUUUCGCCCAAGAAGAGGAUCUCCGACCAAAUCAACAAACCAGUCUUGUCAUGUCUGUGAGCAACGAUACUCUAGCUCGACCUUAUACAUGGAAUCGCCUUGACCCGGCAUCUGGAGCGACUGACCCUGGCUUCCUCGGCGGCAACCGGACACUGAUGCAUCCAGAUCUACACCAUAUUCCAGGCUCAAACCCCAGCAUUAUUCGUGAUGACAAAAACGGUUGCUGGCACAUGGUGUACGUAAAAUGGGGUGGUGGCCUCGUCUAUACCAAUAGCACCAAUCUGGCGCGGUGGACUUACCCAACCCUUCUUUCACUGAAUGAUACCGAGCAUCCAAGUGCUGGGUAUCCUACAUUGAUAGGGGACAGAGGCGAUACGUUAACGACUGAUGGGACGGCAACACUGUAUUUCAAGGACGCUGCUAAGUGGACGCUUUGGGGACAGCCUACGUGGUCAGUGGGAAUUGAUUUCAAUGCACCGAAGCAGCAAAGUGCUGCAAUGGAUGGAGUCCAUGCGAGCGAAGACAACGGAACUUUGGACUCCAAGUCCCAAAUUCAAUUCGCCUUGUUCGAAGACCUAUGA